AUGCAGCGGGCGCUCUUCGCCGUGCCGAGCUCCUCUCUUGCACCACGGCGCGAUCCAGGCACCGGUCUCAGAAGAAACCACAAUGGCGAAACCCGGCAUCUCAAAAAAGGCGAAAGGUAUUGUUGCCCCCAUGCUGUCCAGGCCUCUGCCCUCCCUCUGCCCACCGUUUCCUCCGAGGCCCCUCUCUCCCCAGCAGAACAUGGCACACAGAAUACAGCACUGACGAGACGGGCAGCCCCCUCCAAGCACUCCCGCGCCGCGCGCCGCGAGACCGACGUGGACAUUGACACGGACAAGUCGCUCAAGAACGUCAAGGCCCCCGCCGAGUCUGUCGAUUCGCGCCCCGCCGUCCUGCAGGCCCAGCACGGCGCCGGCAUCACGAAGAAGAACAAGGCCGGCCGCAAGGCCGUGCUCAGCACCAAGGCCCGCCGUCGUGCCGAGAAGGGCGCCGACCGCGCCGAGGCCAUCAUGGACCGCACCGCCAACAAGAAGGAGAAGAGCAGGGGCCACUCCAAGGUCAUCCAGGGCCGGGCCAAGAACUGGGAGGACGUCAACAAGAAGUCGCUCGACGAGGUCAGGCGCGCGCUGAUGGCGGCCGAGGACGACUCGGCCGACGAGGACGAGCAUGCCAAGGACGCCGCGGCUGCUGGCGAGGACAAGGGUGCCGAGACGGACGAAGAGAUGGAUGCUGCGCCGGUUGUGGCAGGGAAGGCGACUGCUGCUGCUGCUGCUGCUGCUGCUGCGCCGGCGGCGAGUGACGAACUUGACGAAGAGAUUCUAUGA